AUGGUGAAGAAACACAAUCUUGAAAAUAAUGAAUGGCUCUCCGGGUUGUAUAGAAUUCGUGAUAAAUGGGCAAGGUGCAUGAUGAAAGAAAGAUGGACCGCGGGAAUGCGAAGCACCCAACUUAGCGAAAGCCUAAAUGCAGCAAUUAAAAAUCAUUUGAAACUAGAUCAUGACCUUGUGCAGUUCUUUAGACAUUUCAAUCGGGUGGUUGAUGAAAAGAGACAUAAUGAACUGAUCGCAGAAUAUGAAAUGAGGCAAAAGCUCCCCAUGGUCGGGUUUAGGCAAACACCUAUGCUUGUGCAUGCAUCAGAGACGUAUUCACCAACCGUAUUUGUUGCAUUCCAAAAUGAAUAUGGCGAGUCAACAGCUAUGGUUAUAUUGAGACAACAAGAUGCAGCGAUGAUUGUGGAGUUUGCGGUCAUGAGGUAUGAUGGAGGACCUGAAAGAAUAGUGGUAUUCAAUCGGAAUGAUCUAAGUGUACGUUGUAGUUGCAAAAAAUACGAGAAUGAAGGCAUUUUAUGUGGGCACGCGUUGAAGGUGUUUGAUACUGUGGGCAUAAAAAUAAUUCUUCCUGAAUACAUUAACAGGCGAUGGACAAAAAGAGCUCGGGCUGGAGACUGUUUUGAUCGGCGAAGACGGGAAGUUGUGGCUGAUCCUAAAAUAAUGAUUUCAACUCGUUAUCGGGAGCUCGCUCCAGCCAUGAUUAAGGUCGCAACUCGAGCAGCAAUGUCGGAGGACACCAGCAAAGUAGCAAUCACUGUCAUAUCCGAUUUGGCAAAGAGAGUUGAGCUCCUCCUCUCAGAAAGCGAAGAGCAACCUUUGCAAAAUCAAAAAAAUCUGAAUAUGGAGGAACGGGAUAAAAUUGAAAUUGUGAAUGAAAUGGGGGAGGCAGUAGUCGCAAGAGGCAUUAAAAAACGAGGCGGUGGGAAGAAAAGUAGAGUGAUGCGAAGUUGGAUCGAUAAAUUUGACAGAGUAAAAAGAAAAUCCAUAUUAUCAAGAACUACACAGACUACGGUCUCAGAAUCGGAGCCGACAUCGGUUUCAUUUGAGGAAUACAUGUUUAUGGGAUGUCGUUCAUCUACUGACUCUGUUUCGACGCAUUCAAUGAGUCAGACAGUGAAUGGCCCUCCAAACGCUGUUGCUCCCGAUAUCGAUGAAAGUCAAACGGAGGAGCGUGGGGCAAUUUCAACACACUGUGAUGUUGAUGCAUAUCAUGUAUUUGCACUAUCACCUCAGGGAAGAAAUAACACCCAGGGAUUGCAACUACGCGUUGAUGUCGCUUCCCCCGAGAAGGAGGUUGAUAAAUGA